UCACAUGCCCGCAUCAAUAUGGCCGCGACCGUGGAGCGUGGAGCUUCUGCGGGCGCUUCAGAAAAGCAGAUGUCCGCGAAGAAAGCGUUGUCCGCGGCCUGUCCGCUCACUCUGCGGAUCGUCGCGGAGUGCUCAGUGACUAAAGCUAGAGCCUGCGAGCUCAUACUGCCGCACAGCGCCGUCAGCACCCCGGUGUUCAUGCCGGUCGGGACUCAGGGGACUAUGAAGGGAAUCACCGUGGAUCAGCUGGACGAUCUGGGAUGCCGGAUCUGUCUUGGGAACACGUAUCACCUGGGCAUGAGACCGGGGCCUGAUUUGAUCGAGAAAGCCAAUGGUUUACAUGGGUUCAUGAACUGGGACAGAAAUCUGUUGACUGACAGUGGAGGCUUCCAGAUGGUGUCGCUUGUUGAACUCUCAGAGGUCACAGAGGAAGGAGUCAAGUUCAAGUCCCCCUACGACGGCAAAGAGAUCCUCCUCAGUCCGGAGAAGUCCAUCGCCAUACAGAACAGUCUGGGGUCAGACAUCAUGAUGCAGCUGGACGACGUGGUCAGCAGUACAGUGACGGGGCCGCGGGUGGAGGAGGCCAUGCACAGAUCCAUUCGCUGGCUUGACCGAUGCAUAGCAGCCAAUAAGAAUCCAGAUAAACAGAACCUGUUUGCCAUCAUACAGGGGGGGCUGAACGUAGACCUGCGCAAAGCUUGUCUAGAUGAAAUGACUCAGCGUGAUGUUCCUGGUUUUGCCAUCGGCGGCCUGAGUGGAGGGGAGGAGAAGGAUGACUUCUGGCGGAUGGUCACGCUGAGCACCGACCACCUGCCACGAGAAAAGCCUCGAUACCUCAUGGGUGUGGGGUAUGCUGUGGACUUGGUGGUGUGUGUCGCUCUGGGAUGUGACAUGUUCGACUGCGUGUACCCCACCCGCACUGCAAGGUUCGGCUCUGCCUUGGUGCCUUGGGGAUCUCUCCAGGUAAAACACAGGCAGUAUGCCAAGGACUUCCAGCCCAUAGACCCAGACUGCCAGUGUCCCACCUGCAAGAGACAUAGUCGAGCUUACCUGCAUGCUCUGUUUAAGAGUGACAGUGCAGCCAUGCAUCACAUCACCAUUCAUAACAUUGCCUACCAGCUCAACCUGAUGGGCUCCGUGAGACAGAGCAUCGUGGAGGGCCGCUUCCCCGACUUCAUACGGACCUUCAUGAAGCGACUGUUUCCGUCUCCUGACCAGUACCCCGGCUGGGCUGUGGACGCUCUCGCCUCCGUCAAUGUUGCGCUGGAAUAAAACCUGGAAGGAAACCACCGUACUCUAAACGGAGAUAAAUGGCAAACAGAGAUUUGUGAAGAUUGUACAUAUUUUAAUUGACGUUUUUUAUGGAUGACUGUUUUCUACUCUAUGUUUAUUUUUGUGCCAGCUCAGCUGCUUUGUUGGCAGUGAGGAAAAUAGCUUUUGAUCUGAGGGAAUAAAAGCCUGAUUGACUUUCACAACAAGUGUCUUCAUGUAGCCCCGCAGAUUGUCCUCAGAGUACACACUAUGAAAAUGUGACACUCUAUGGGGUCUGAAUGAGGUUUGAACACACAAAGUAUCUCCUCUGAUAUGCUCCGACAGUUUUUGUUGUUACCAUGGAUACAAAGCAAGACCCGCCCACUUGAAAUUACAUGUUUUGCCUGCCUGUCAACCCUCUUCUCUAUAAUUAUUUUUUGUGGGUGAAGGGAAUUACAGAAGUAGUUCAUUCUCUCUAAAUGCACAUGAUCAAUAAAUGCAUAAGGGCUCUUUCACAAAGGCAAUGAUCAGAUAAAUGAACAUCAAGGCUCAGUUCAGAGUGUGUGCUUGUGUCAUGAUGACCACCAGGGGGCAAAAUAGACAAAACAAGUGAGAGUAAAACUGAGGGAUAU